GGCGGGGAUUGCGAAUCUCGGCGGCAGCAUGAGGAAGAGGCGACGAGGACCGAUGCCCCAGAGGCCGGGAGCCCCGAGGCGCCUUCCUUGGCCCCGGGCCUCGCUCGCGUUCUCCGGUGCUCUCCUGGUCAUUCGGGGACGCCGAGAGAGAGCAAGCCGGGCGCCCCCUCCCCGCCCAGGGCCCAGGCCGAGCUCCCGGUCCGGGCCCCCGCACUUCCUGCCGGCUCCACCGAGGCCAGCUGGGCAGGGAGCCUCGCCAGGAGUUCAUUGUCUGUGCCUAGCCGGCGGGAUGCUGGUCCCCAGGGGAGCGCAGCGGCUGCUGUGAGCGCCCCUCGGAGCAGGGCGUCCGGCACCACCCGGGCAGCCGCGCCGCGGGCACCAAGGCUGUCUUCAGUACCGAGUCCCCAGGUUGAAGAGGGGGAGGCCUCGGACUUCUCGCUGGCCUGGGAUUCCUCUGUGGCGGCAGCAGGAGGCCUAGAAGGAGAGCCAGAGUGCGAUCGGAAAACCAGCCGUGCGCUGGAAGACAGGAACAGCGUGACAAGUCAAGAGGAGAGAAAUGAGGACGAUGAAGACAUGGAGGAUGAGUCAAUUUACACCUGCGAUCAUUGUCAGCAGGACUUCGAGUCGCUGGCAGACCUGACGGACCACCGGGCCCACCGCUGUCCUGGAGAUGGUGAUGACGACCCACAGCUCUCCUGGGUGGCUUCGUCUCCCUCCAGCAAGGAUGUUGCGUCACCCACGCAGAUGAUCGGAGAUGGCUGUGACCUCGGCCUCGGCGAGGAAGAAGGCGGCACCGGCCUGCCGUACCCUUGCCAGUUCUGCGACAAGUCCUUCAUCCGCCUGAGCUACCUGAAGAGGCACGAGCAGAUCCACAGCGACAAGCUGCCGUUCAAGUGCACCUUCUGCAGCCGCCUCUUCAAACACAAGAGGAGCCGAGACCGGCACAUCAAGCUGCACACGGGCGACAAGAAGUACCACUGUCACGAGUGCGAGGCGGCUUUCUCCCGCAGCGACCACCUCAAGAUCCACCUGAAGACCCACAGCUCGAGCAAGCCGUUCAAGUGCAGUGUGUGCAAGCGCGGCUUCUCCUCCACCAGCUCUCUGCAGAGCCACAUGCAGGCCCACAAGAAGAACAAGGAACACCUGGCCAAGUCGGAGAAGGAAGCCAAGAAGGACGACUUCAUGUGUGACUACUGUGAGGACACCUUUAGCCAGACAGAGGAGCUGGAGAAGCACGUGCUCACCCUCCACCCACAGCUCUCCGAGAAGGCGGACCUGCAGUGCAUCCACUGCCCUGAGGUCUUUGUCGACGAGAGCACGCUGCUCGCCCACAUCCACCAGGCCCACGCCAACCAGAAACACAAGUGCCCCAUGUGCCCCGAGCAGUUCUCAUCUGUGGAGGGUGUCUAUUGCCACCUGGACAGCCACCGGCAGCCUGACUCCAGUAACCACAGUGUCAGCCCUGACCCUGUGCUGGGCAGUGUGGCUUCCAUGAGCAGCGCUACACCUGACUCCAGCGCUUCUGUGGAGCGCGGGUCCACACCGGACUCCACCUUGAAGCCACUGAGGGGACAAAAGAAGAUGCGGGAGGACGGGCAGAGCUGGUCCAAGGUGGUCUACAGCUGCCCCUAUUGUUCUAAGCGGGACUUCACCAGCCUGGCUGUGCUGGAGAUCCAUCUGAAGACGAUUCACGCGGAUAAACCUCAGCAGAGCCACACGUGUCAGAUCUGCCUAGACUCCAUGCCCACACUCUACAACCUCAAUGAGCACGUGCGCAAGCUGCACAAGAGCCACGCCUACCCCCUCAUGCAAUUUGGCAACAUCUCUGCCUUCCACUGCAACUACUGCCCCGAGAUGUUCGCUGACAUCAACAGCCUGCAGGAGCAUAUCCGAGUCUCGCACUGUGGCCCCAGUGCCAACCCCCCUGACGGGAACAAUGCUUUCUUCUGCAACCAGUGCUCCAUGGGCUUCCUCACGGAGUCCUCCCUCACGGAGCACAUCCAGCAGGCGCACUGCAGCGUGGGCAGCACCAAGCUGGAGUCUCCUGUGGUCCAGCCCACGCAGUCCUUCAUGGAGGUCUACUCUUGCCCGUACUGUACCAACUCCCCGAUCUUCGGCUCCAUCCUGAAGCUCACUAAGCACAUCAAAGAGAACCAUAAGAACAUUCCGCUGGCGCACAGCAAGAAGUCCAAGGCGGAGCAGAGCCCAGGCUCGUCGGACGUCGAGGUGUCUUCCCCGAAACGGCAGCGGCUCUCGGGGAGUGCCAACUCCAUCUCCAACGGCGAGUACCCGUGCAAUCAGUGUGACCUCAAGUUCUCCAACUUCGAGAGCUUCCAGACCCACCUGAAGCUGCACCUGGAGCUGCUGCUUCGGAAGCAGGCCUGCCCCCAGUGCAAAGAGGACUUCGACUCUCAGGAGUCCCUCCUGCAGCAUCUGACGGUGCAUUACAUGACCACGUCCACCCACUACGUCUGCGAGAGCUGCGACAAGCAGUUCUCCUCGGUGGACGACUUGCAGAAGCACCUUCUGGACAUGCACACCUUCGUGCUGUACCACUGCACUCUGUGCCAGGAGGUCUUCGACUCCAAGGUGUCCAUCCAGGUGCACCUGGCCGUGAAACACAGCAACGAGAAGAAGAUGUACCGCUGCACAGCCUGCAACUGGGACUUCCGCAAGGAGGCUGACCUGCAGGUGCAUGUUAAACACAGUCACCUCGGCAACCCGGCCAAGGCCCACAAGUGCAUCUUCUGCGGUGAGACCUUCAGCACUGAGGUGGAGCUGCAGUGCCACAUCACCACGCACAGCAAGAAGUACAACUGCCGCUUCUGCAGCAAGGCCUUCCACGCCGUCCUCCUGCUGGAGAAGCACCUGCGGGAGAAGCACUGCGUGUUCGAUGCAGCUGCGGAGAACGGCACGACCAACGGGGUGCCCCCCGCUUCCGCCAAGAAGGCCGAGCCUGCUGACCUGCAGGGCAUGCUGCUCAAGAACCCUGAGGCGCCAAACAGCCACGAGGCCAGUGAGGAUGACGUGGAUGCCUCUGAGCCCAUGUAUGGCUGCGACAUCUGUGGCGCGGCCUACACCAUGGAGGUGCUGCUGCAGAACCACCGGCUUAGGGACCACAACAUCCGGCCUGGAGAGGACGAUGGCUCACGCAAGAAGGCAGAAUUCAUCAAGGGCAGCCACAAGUGCAACGUGUGCUCACGGACUUUCUUCUCGGAGAACGGGCUCCGGGAACACCUGCAGACGCACCGGGGCCCUGCCAAGCACUACAUGUGUCCCAUCUGUGGCGAGCGCUUCCCCUCGCUGCUGACGCUCACUGAGCACAAGGUGACCCACAGCAAGAGCCUGGACACAGGCACCUGUCGCAUCUGCAAAAUGCCCCUGCAGAGCGAGGAGGAGUUCAUUGAGCACUGCCAGAUGCACCCCGACUUGCGCAACUCCCUCACCGGCUUCCGCUGUGUGGUCUGUAUGCAGACUGUCACCUCCACGCUGGAGCUCAAGAUCCACGGCACCUUUCACAUGCAGAAGCUGGCGGGCAGCUCGGCGGCAUCAUCCCCCAAUGGCCAGGGCCUGCAGAAGCUCUACAAGUGCGCCCUGUGCCUCAAAGAGUUCCGUAGCAAGCAGGACCUGGUCAGGCUUGAUGUCAAUGGGCUACCCUAUGGCCUAUGUGCGGGCUGCAUGGCCCGUAGUGCCAAUGGACAGGUGGGUGGCCUGGCCCCACCCGAACCUGCUGACCGGCCCUGUGCUGGCCUCCGCUGCCCUGAAUGCAAUGUCAAGUUCGAGAGUGCCGAGGACCUGGAGAGCCACAUGCAGGUGGACCACCGAGAUCUUACACCGGAGACCAGUGGGCCCCGGAAAGGUGCCCAGACGUCACCAGUGCCCCGGAAAAAGACGUACCAGUGUAUCAAGUGCCAGAUGACCUUCGAGAACGAGAGAGAGAUCCAGAUCCACGUUGCCAACCACAUGAUCGAGGAAGGCAUUAACCAUGAGUGUAAGCUGUGCAACCAGAUGUUCGACUCCCCAGCCAAGCUCCUCUGCCACCUCAUUGAGCACAGCUUCGAGGGCAUGGGUGGUACUUUCAAGUGCCCCGUAUGCUUCACAGUCUUCGUCCAGGCCAACAAGCUGCAGCAGCAUAUCUUCGCCGUGCAUGGGCAGGAGGACAAAAUCUACGACUGCUCGCAGUGCCCGCAGAAGUUUUUCUUCCAGACAGAGUUGCAGAACCACACGAUGAGCCAGCACGCACAGUGAGGGACCUCGCGACAGGACACCUCUCCGCAGAAGGCUUGCCGGAGACGCCGUGGGGAGGGCCAUUUGAACAUUACAUCCAAUCAAAGUGUCAUUUGCAACCCAGAUGUAAAACUCUAAUGAUUUGGCCAUGAGGCGCUGCUAUUAUAAGCAGCUGGAAAUGAAUAUUAAUGGCAGAGAUUAAAAGUAUUCCAUGCUCAGUGUUUUUUUAUUGUCCUGCUACAUACAGCUAGUGUGCUUUUAGAGUUUUCGCCGCAGACUACAUUUCUAGUGUUAGAGAAACCUGCUUUUUGAGGCUACUGUCCUUUGUUCCUUCAUGUAUUAUAUUGAUAGGUUUUUUUUUUUAAGGAUUAGUGUGAUUUUUUUUCCUUUGCUUCUUUUU